AUGCAACAGGACACUCUUACGCCUGAGAAUCCAACGCCGCCCUAUACCAGUAGGCCCCAUACGCCCAAACUUUUCCCUCCUCAAAUCGGGUGCAUUGGGCUUGGGAACAUCGGAUUCUUGAUGACUCGCAAUUUGGCGCUGAAUGCCCCAACGGACGAUGGCCCAUUGCCUCCGAUUAUGAUAUGGAACCGGACGGUUUCGAAGGCUGAAAAACUCAUUGAACUAGUUGGUGAUCAAAAGUGUCGUAUUGCGAAGGAUCCCGAGGAAAUAGCAAAAGAAUGCGACAUCAUUUUUGUCAACUUGGCGAAUGACGACGUUGUUCGGUCAAUUUACAAUCGCUUGACUUCGUCUUUAAGACGUAAUCCGCCUACUCGAGAGAAAAUCUUUGUCGAAACAAGCACAUUGACACAACAUGUAGCCGAACUGGACAGCAUGCUCUCAAACUUUCCCCGCGUGCACCUCAUCAGUUGCCCAGUCAUAGGCUCACCAAUAGUAGCUGAAAAGUCCCAGUUAUUGCUCGUCAUGAGCGGCGAUUAUCGAUCCAAGAAGGAGGUGGCUUAUUGGCUUGUACCCGCCGUAGGUAAAAGGGUUAUUGAUCUUGGGGGAGACUUGCAGAAAGCACUCACUUUCAAACUUCUCGCCAACUCAUUAAUUCUGGGUAACUUGGAAAUUUUGGCGGAGGCAUUUACAUUUGCUCAAAAAUCUGGUAUCGGCGAAAAUCAUGUCGACGCCCUCAUCAAAGAGUAUUUCCCUGCGCCUAGCAUUGUGAACUAUGCCGAAAAGAUGAUGAAUGAUAGCUUCGACGGAAGUCAGGGUUUCAGCAUUGAUGGCGGUAUCAAGGAUGCAACUCAUAUCCGUCGGUUAACUGCCAAACACAACUCGCCCAUGCCAGCCAUUGACGUUGCGCAUCAAAACUUGCUCACCGCCCGUGCUCACUUCCGGAGAAUGCAACAACAAGGCCACUCUCCUUACGAGGAGUUAGAUUGGAGUGGUCUCAUCGCAGGCACUCGGGUGUCUGCGGGCCUGUACCCUUUCGAUCAGAGAAAGGAUUUUGGUUUGACAAUGGUCAAAGAACAAAAUUAG